GUCAGUAUUCCAUAAGGACGCUCUGCCAACAACUCUCUUCCUGUCGGAUGUAAGGCGCGUGUAUGUUGCCAAAAAAAGUUAGGUUAAACAUGUAGUGCUUACACGGGUAUUGUGCUCUGGAGAGAUCGUAAGUCGUAACCUAUGCAGAAGCAUCAUACAAAUAAUGUAACUGAUCAUGAGCGACAUUCCAUCCACUUCCAAUAGUACGUCGAAACUCUCUGCAAGUUCGCCAGUUCAAAAUGCAAGAAAAAUCAGAAAGAAAUAUGAUAAAAAUAAACUUCCUACACCGCCCCCUGAUCCAAGAGAGGACAAAAAGGAGAGCUGUUCCGAGAAAGAUUUCCUCGAGUAUUUGGAACAACUGCAGAAACAUACAGCCAAUUACUCUAGAUCCACAUCUCAUCUUGCAUCUGCAUUAGUAGCUGAAGACGCCUUCGAUCAUCUAGAAAAACUAUACAAACUCAUGGAGCAAAUGCUGGAAUUAAGAGCUCAAAAUGCGAAAUUGCAUAGGAAAAUACGUGACUUAGAACAUCUCAAUAACUUAGAAAAGAUGUAUAGACAAGUGGAAAAUUUACCUGAUGAUGAUUUGUGUCCAGAAUUAGAAAAAGAUACAGCAUUCGCAGAAACGAUAUUGGAAUCCAUUCUAUAUGAACCCACUAAACAACCUCUAAAAGCAAAGGGAUCUCUGCGACAGUCUUUAAUGAGAAGACAUCGGAACAGAAGCUGUUCUGCUACUGAUAAACCUGUUGGACUGGAAACAGCAGAAGGCGUUGAUCAGCAACGUAGAGCAUCGUUGUGUACGACUAACGUGAAAAAGUCUUCGAAAGUGUCCAAGUGGACUCGAGUAAAAGCAGCAUUCAAGUGGGAGAAAGCUUCUUCGAACGUUGGUGAUACAAAAUCAUUAGACAGUGGUGUGAGUGACGUUGCAAGAUACUUGAGAGUGCCAUCCACGAACGAUGAUGUUGGACACAGUCCUUCUGACUCUGGAGCAGCGGAAAUAUCUACUCCUGGUACACUUUCUAGCGCUUCUUCUAACGAAAAUUUUCACAAAUCAGGUCGAAGAAGUCCUUACGAAGACCUCAGAAGUUCAGAUGAUGAACAUUCGCAUGUAUACUCUUCACAUUCCAAGGACGAUUCCAAUAUAUCUCCACGGUCAAGUCAAAGAUCGCAUAGAACACCAUGGGCUCGGAUGAAAGAUAUGAUAAACACAAGAAAUCCUGUAAGGAAGAAAAGUAGGAUGAGUACUCAUAGUGAUGAUAUCCAAAUAGACAUAGAUUUCUGCAGUGAUAACGAAGAUGUGUUCGAGGAUAAUAAUAAACCACGUACGUAUCCGAAUUCCAAUGCAACAUCGUCGGCAAAGCUGGACGGAUCGAGUGAGAACGAUAUACCCCUUGUGGUCAGAGAAAGAUAUAAAAGUAACGAUGAGCAAUUAUUGGAAAUGGAUGAAGCUGACUGUAGAAAAGUUUCAAAAUGGGCCAAAGUUAAAAGAGCUUUCUUGCCAAGUGUAGAUGGACACUCAGAUUUGGGAUGCAAGGUCAAUAACGAUAAUGAUGAUUUCGAAAGAUUCAACAGAGAUCCCAUCCAAACAGAAAUAAACAGAAAUUACAGAAAUCUUCAGAAGAAGUUGAGCAUAGAAUUUCAAGAGAAACUGAUCGAAUGGAAAAGAAUCAAACACAACGCAACUUCCGCACCUAUUCCUGCGCAAUCUGGGAAUGUAUCGGACGAACCUACACAGUCAAGCCCAUCGUUUAUGAAAAAAAUGGAAGAGUGGGAAAAGAUUAAAUCUCCACCAGUUAAGGCCAAAAGCAACAUUCAGAUGACAAGUGAGGAGAACCUACCACCUGAAUUCAAGAAGAAACUACAGGAAUGGGAGAGAAUUAAGAAGUCUUCUGUGCGAAAAAGCACUAAGAAACUUGGUGAUGUACCGAGAUGGAAAUCAAUGCAAUGUCCAAAAACGUCGGAAUCUUCUCACGUUGAAAUACCAGUUAUAUCAGAAGAAUUCAGAAAAAAGCUAGAGGAGUGGAAACAGAUCAAGGCAGCUGGAUAUAAGAGUGAUGAAACUGAAAAAAAGGCAUUGGAGGAUAAAACUCCUAGUCCUACUUUUCAGCAAAUGGAUUCUAGGGUCCGUAAAACAUCACAGGACAAGGAGUUGCAAUGGUAUGAGAAAGAAUUGAAUAAGAUUGAGAAAGAAAAGAAUAGACUGGAAAGAGAAAGACAGAAGUUUAUGGAAAAGGAAGAAAAGCUUUCGAAACUGAGAAAAUCAGUUAUUGGAGGACACAAAAAAGAUAUUCUCGUUCAUACACCUUCUGGUUUCUAUAAAUUCGAGGGUAUUUCUAGAAAAUUCACUCAAAAACUAUAUGAAUGGGAGAAAUCGAAGGGUAUCGGACCAGAGUCUUCAACUUUCGCCUAUCUGAAUCCUGAGUACAUUAAGACAGAAAUUCCUAAGGUGAAAAUAAACGGAGAAGAUCAUACUCCUCCCUUGCCUAGGUCGAGGUCUGUGGAUAGCAUAGUUAUAUCAGCUAUGAAUAUUGGAUGCCCCUUGAUGAGUCAACCUUCGAGUCUGUCUCUUAACGACAUGGAAGAUUUGGAAAACCAGUGUAGAGUUGGAUCCAAUUCCUCAUCGUUAGAUUAUCUUCCCCGUCAAAACCAUGAAACUGAUGGGGAUGAACCAGAAGCCUUAAUAGUCGAAGUUGAAGAUUUUGUCGAAGAAACAGCAGCACCUCUCAAGAACUUCGUCGAACAGCACAAUCCGGUGUACCAAUGUGAAGAAAUGAGAGCACUGUGUGUCUGUUUGACGCCGAAAGUGAGAAGAAGUGAAUCAGCUAGAGCACAAUCUAACUAUAGUCUAAUCGAAGAAGCACUAACAUCACUGAGAUACAUUUCAGAGAAUGAAGUUGAAAUUAGGAAAAUUCAAAUAAGAGGUGAAAAAGAUAGUUUGAUCAAAAUCAAGGAAAUAUGUGAUGAACAGAAAAAUCUUGUAACUUGCCUUCUGGGAAAAAUUCGAAAUCUGCAAGAAGAAAAUUCAGCAGUUAUAUGUAAUCUUUCCAAAGAAAACCAAAAUGAAAAGUUUCCUCAAAUUACAGACAUACUGGAUGUUGUUCAAGAUUUAUCAACAGAACUGAUUACAAUGGCAGAAAGACUAGAGUCCAAAUUUGAGUGUCGAAUGAAUGAAAAAACAACCAAGCACUUUUUCGAUGAACUGCACGCCCAAGAAAUCAUAGAGGAAAUAAAGUGUAAAUUGUUAGAGCUUCGCAGACAUCUAAGCUAUGUUUGUGCUGCUUCAGAUUCCACAACACCUCAAAAAAGAAAGUUAUGUAGAAUGAAGUCGAUAGUUUGCGAGAAAUCUUCAAACGAUUCGCAGUGCACAUCAAGCACACAAAGUAGCGGUGUUUGUGAAAAACAGGCUUUCGAUUCCACAAACACUGAAACCAAAUGUCCGCAGAACCAGGGGGCUAUCAAAAAAAGAUUACGGUAUAGAAUUGAAACCAUAAGGAAAAAAAGUCUGCAUGAUUCAGAUGAGGAGGAAGAGAUUGUUGCUGAGCAUAAGAAAUACCCAAAACUCCUCAGAUCUAGAACAAUAUCCGACGGAUCUACGAAGUCCCUAGAGCAAAACGAAGGAUGCGAGUCUAAAAAUAUAAAUAUAUUUCCAGCCGUAACUAAAUCUACUUAUCCGGACUCACCAACUAGGGUUACUUUAUCCGAUUCUCCAGUUACAAUUUUCGUUAAAACUACAAGAAAAUUGUUCACUCCUCUUGUUGAAAGGAGUUUACAAGAUUCUGAGAAGGACUCUCCAAAACAGAAUGAUGAUAACCAGAAGUUUGAAACGAAUGAUGAAAAUAUUAACGAAGAGGAAAGCCAACCUGUAGAUACAAUAAAUAAAGCAUUGACCAAUGCUGAAAAUACAAUGGUCACUGGUUUACCACCUCUGCAUUCUUCACCUGUAACACAAAAAAAGUAUGUUAGGGACAUGUCGCCCAGUAUUCGUUUGAUGCUCAACAAAUAUCAACAGAAAAUUACAGAACAAGAUGUCUUAAGCAAAUCUGGAGGUAGCAGUGGAUCAGCCUCGCCAGUUGCAUGGCGAUCACCAAUAGCAGAAAGACGAGUAAGAGCUCAAACUGAAAAAUAUCAAGAAGAAAUAAUCAAGCUAUCACCAGUAUCAUUGAAAAAGGAACUUCAUAAAUCCACAAGCCAAGGGCAUGUUCAAAGCAUGGGUAAAUCGGAAAUAAAGAGUCCAAUUAUUGGAGUUAGUAGACAGAAGAGUAUACUGAAAUCUAGCAGUGCAGCCAAUUUGGUCCAAAGGAGAUUAUAUGAAUAUUCGCCUCAACACAAUGAAACACCUGACAAAGAAGUGAGGUCUACAUUAGAUCGACAAUAUUCACUUCAAAUAACUAACUUCGAAGAACCCUCAACUUCAAGGAUUUCAUCGGAAUUGAGGCAGCAAAAGCUGAAAAAAGCAAAAGAAGAAUUUUUGAAUUCUUCUUCAGCAACUCCACUAGACUCAAAAAUUCAAGAGGAUAUUCAAGAAACUUCUAGAACAAAUAGACUCAGCACAAUAAGCGUCGAUAGCAGCUCAAGCGCAAGCUCGAUUUCUCCUGGUGUACUCGUUAAAUCCAUCAGUGCGGGCAUGAUCAACAUAGUAGCGGAUGCCUAUAAACAUUUCGAAAACAAACCCAGGGAAUAUGUUUCGUUACCAAGAAAUACAAGAUCAGAUAGUUCAAGCAAAUCAACACUAGCUAAUUUGGCGUCAAAAUUCAGAAAAGUCAAAAUGAGAAAAGGAAAAGAGAAAGAUAGAGAACAAUACGUAGCUGUUUCCGAACUUUGCAGACAAAGUUUGGUAGUAGAUAUCAAUGAAAAUGAUGGAGGACGUGUUCAAGCCGAAAAUUUAGCAAACAAUGCAAACAGUACCCAAAAUAGUCAACAAAUGCCUAUAACGAAAUCGAGCAGUUGGAUUCGUAAAACUUUAUUUUUCAAGAAAUAAUAUAUUCAGAUUGUUUUAUCGUCAACUAAUUUUUACUACUACAGAUUUCUAAUGUAACAUACUUUUUAUGUUAACUAAGAUUAUAUUAAUAAAUAUAUUGAAGUUA